UAUGAUAACAUUGCAGUAUGGUAACGAAGAUAUUUGUUUGGUUGAAUUAUUAUGGAAUAGUAAUAAUUUGAAAGCACAAUAAAGCGAUUGAGGAUCAGAUGUUGUUUUCGCUGAUAAAGAUGCAUGUGUAACAAAUUGGUGAUUGAUAACAUAUACUAAAGGGUUACACAAAAAGGACAAUGAAGUCGAAAUUACUAAUGGGGCUAGCAGUUUUACAGGCCGUGACUCUCGUCAUGUCUGUUGCUACAAAGACUUCAACCAGCAUGGAAAUGACCACAGGAACAAUUAUGGGGGAUAUGGUUACGCCAGUAGGUGGACAUACGAAUAGUGGUGUUGGGGUUAAGACAUCAACUCCAAGUGGCAUACUCUCUUCCUCUGAACAUAUGGGUGGGCUUCCCGGAAUGGACAUGACUAGUAAGAAGACAUCAAGUGGGAAUAUGGAUAUGGGUGGGAAGGGAAAUAUUGAUAUGGGUGGAAUGGAAAAUAUGGGUUCAACUAAGAAAAUGAAUAUGAACGGAAUAGGAAAUAUGAAUAUGACAGGUGUGGAAAAUAUGAAUAUGAGCGGAAUGGCAAAUAUGAAUAUGAGUGGAAUGGGUCAUAUAAAUAUGAGUGGAAUGGAUCAUAUGAAUAUGAGUGGAAUGGCAAAUAUGAAUAUGAGUGGAAUGGCAAAUAUGAAUAUGAGUGGAAUGGCAAAUAUGAAUAUGAGUGGAAUGGCAAAUAUGAAUAUGAGUGGAAUGGUUCAUAUGAAUAUAAGUGGAAUGGCAAAUAUGAAUAUGCAUGAAAUGGGAAACAUGAGCGGAAAGGGAAAUAUGAGUGGAAUGGGUCAUAUGAAUAUGAGUGGAAUGGGUCAUAUGAAUAUGAGCGGAAUGGGUCAUAUGAAUAUGCAUGAAAUGGGAAACAUGAGCGGAAAGGGAAAUAUGAGUGGAAUGGGUCAUAUGAAUAUGAGUGGAAUGGGUCAUAUGAAUAUGAGCGGAAUGGGUCAUAUGAAUAUGCAUGAAAUGGGAAACAUGAGUGGAAAGGGAAAUAUGAGUGGAAUGGGUCAUAUGAAUAUGAGUGGAAUGGGUCAUAUGAAUAUGAGUGGAAUGGGUCAUAUGAAUAUGAGUGGAAUGGGUCAUAUGAAUAUGAAUGGAAUGGGUCAUAUGAAUAUGGGUGGAAUGGGUCAUAUGAAUAUGGGUGGAAUGGGACAUAUGAAUAUGGGUGGAAUGGGACAUAUGAAUAUGGGUGGAAUGGGACAUAUGGGAAUGAUGGAUCCAAGCAAGAAAGGCUGCAACAUGAUGGGGAUGUUGAUGUAUUUUCACACAGGAAAGUGCGAACUCUUGUUGUUUGAGCAAAUCCUUACCAGAACAGUUGGACAUAUGGUUGCGGCCUGCGUUGUUUUGCUGGCUUUUGCUGCUGUGUUCGAGGCUUGGAAGAUGUUAAGGCAGAAACUAAAGCGAUUGGAAAUGUCGAGAUUAGGGCCUAAACCAAGCGCUGUCGCCAUCAAGGGUGUUACAAAGAACCAAACAGCAUGUUCCUCCAUGUUCGGAAUCAAUCACAUGAGCCAGUCGUGCAUGCACGUGGUCCAAGUGAUCGUCAGUUAUAUCAUCAUGCUUGCCUUCAUGAACUUCAAUGUCUGGAUCUGUAUUUCCAUUGUGUUGGGUUCUGGACUCGGGUAUUUUCUGUUUGGGUGGACUAGAAGCUCUGUGUCUGAUACGGAAGACCACCAUGCGGAGAAAUAAGGCGUAAUGAUAUGAUCUGUUUAUGAUUUAACCAUAGACAAAGUACGUUCAAAGACCGUUGCUGACAGUAUUCAAGUAAUAUAAAAUGGAAAUAAUAAACAUGGUAAAUUGUGGGACCACAAACACGUUAGCAAAUACCGCGUUUGAACUGUUUACGGUUCUCGAACACGCCAUCUUGUAAUCCAGUUUUAACUUGUUCAUGUUUAACAUCAGUUUAUCAGUUUUAAUAAUUGUUAUAAUUGAAAACAUAGUUGAUAUGCCUUAUUGCAUAAAAUAUUAAGUGUUUGUACAAUUAUAUCGAAACCUUUGUUUUCACCAUCACUGGUUAUAUAUGCAUGUAUAUUUCUUGGUAACGCAGAUAUAUUUCCUGAAAACGUGUAUAAUCCUUGUUAAAGCAUGUAUUCUGGGAAAUCAUAGGGUCAUUGACUAAACGAUGUAGUAAUAAAAUGUCGGUAAAUGUACGAUUUACGUUUAUAUACUUGAUUGCAAUUGUCCAUAACAAAACAAAAUCAAGCAAUACGUAUUAAUGUACAUUCAUACCAUUUUUUUUAAAUCGCAAACGCUUUAAUGAUUGCUUUAGUGAUUUCUAUAUUUGUUUGAUUUAUACUUAAACCUGAAAAAAGGUGCUUAAAGGUGCAUUUAAAAAAACAACCGACGAAAAUCAACUACUCACUAAAUAUCGAAACAGUCCGGGCGGAAGCUCAUUAUUUACAGCUUGCAAGCGCUCUAUGAACACAAUUAUUAUUACCACAUCAUUAUUUUCAAGGCGGAUAUGCAUGUUUAUACAUAUAUGUGUUUCAUUUCAUCUAUUAAGACUGUCAUUAAUUGUGAAAGGCUCUUCUAGAUGCUAGAGUAAUGUUUGCUAGAAAAGAACACGUCAUUACAGUGUUCGACUUGUGUAAGCCUUUGCUUUAUUUUUGUUUUGCACGUUUAAUUUUUGUAAAUUUAUUCAAACGUUCAAAUAUAUCAACAUUACCACGGUACUAAUAUAUCAUCAUAUCUUGUCUAAUACAACCAAUAUACACUUUCUUGUUAUUGGCAAUUUGGUUAAAUUAGUUGCGUAUUAUUCUACUGUAUUUAAUACAACCAAGAUACAGCCAAGA